CAGCUCCUUAGCUCCUCCAAGCCACUUGCACUAUAACCAAUUGACCAUGUUCACCGGCAUUGUUGAGAUUCUCGGAACCGUCACCCGCCUGGAAAAGCAGGAUGACACCUCCAGCGGCGGCGGAGGAACCUCCCUGACCAUUUCAGGAGCUGGAGAAAUCCUGGGCGACUGCCAUCUCGGCGACAGCAUUGCGGUCAACGGCACCUGCCUCACCGUCACCGAAUUCGACAAGGACUCCUUCAAGGUGGGCGUUGCCCCUGAAACGCUCCGCCGCACGAACCUGGGUUCGCUGCAGCAGAACUCCAAGGUCAACCUCGAGCGCGCCGUCUCUGCCUCGACGCGCAUGGGCGGCCACUUCGUGCAGGGUCACGUCGACACCAUCGCCACGAUCCUGUCCGUCACCCCCGACGGCAACGCCUUGACCUUCCGAUUCCAGCCCCGUGACAAGUCCAUCCUGAGAUACAUUGUCGAGAAGGGCUAUGUCACCCUGGACGGUGCGAGCUUGACUGUUACGAAGGUUCAAGAUGGCGAAGACGGUUGGUGGGAGGUCAUGAUGAUCGCCUACACCCAAGAGAAGGUCGUCACGGCCACGAAGAAGGCCGGAGACGAGGUUAACAUCGAGGUAGAUAUGGUUGGCAAGUACGUCGAGAAGAGCGUUGAGGGGUACUUCCAGGGGAAGACCGGAGGCGACAUUGCCAUCCUCGAGAAGAUGGUCACUAGGUUGGUGGAUGAGCGGUUGAAGUCUCAGGGCAAAUAAUUCAGAAGCACACUGUUUGCAGGGGAUAUGUCCAAUCGGGAUGGCUAAAAGGUACAUACACUGGUUGUAUGGUUCUGACUCCUGAGACAUGAGGCGGAGGCUUGGGUGUCAAUACGUCGAAGCGUGGCGCAGCUGAAGGAGUGAGGCGGAGCACUAGGCAUACUUGAUGUAAGGCUUCGGGCAAGCAUUCUAAACGAACUGUCAGAAUAUAAAAAGCCGUUUUCCGUGCU